CAGAAAGAACCAACAAUCGACACAUUCAUAAUCAUUUUAUGGCAGUUUCUCCACCUCAAAACCUUUCAACCUUCUCAACUCCUUAUCUUCUCCUUCAUACCAACUCUCUCCCCCAUGUGUACUUUCAAUAUCAUCAUCACCAUCUAAUUGUUCUAUAGCAUCAUCCUCUUCUUGUUUGCUUUCCUUGAUCUUCAACAAUGGCAGAUGAAUACUCAGGCAGGAAGAAUUCCAAUACCCAGCUCUUGGAAGAACUUGAGGCGCUCAGCCAAUCACUCUACAUAUCCCACACUUCCACCAACCGAAGACCUGCCUCCCUUGCUCUUCCUAGAAGCUCUGCUCCUUCUAUCCCAUCCGCUGAUGAGAUAAUUCCCACACCUAAAGUAAUCGGGGAGAUCAAACCCAACAACAAACCACGAAGACGUAUGUCCUUGUCUCCAUGGCGUUCCCGGCCAAAGCUUGACGAUGAAAACGAGCACAAGGAUAGACAGCCAGAGAGGAAGAGGUUGGACGAAAGAGCAACUUCGUCAGCAGAGAAGAAGGGAAUCUGGAACUGGAAGCCAGUAAGAGCUCUCUCGCAUAUUGGUAUGCAAAAAUUAAGCUGCUUAUUUUCUGUCGAAGUUGUCGCUGUCCAAGGCCUUCCAGCUUCAAUGAAUGGCCUUCGUCUCUCUGUUAGUGUUAGAAAGAAGGAAACAAAGGACGGAGCGGUCCAUACAAUGCCAUCAAGGGUCUCUCAGGGAGCUGCUGAUUUUGAAGAGACCUUGUUUAUUAGGUGUCAUGUAUAUUGCAGUUCAGGGAAUGGCGCAAAGCACUUGAAAUUUGAGCCCCGUCUAUUUUCGAUAUAUGUGUUUGCUGUUGAUGCUCAGGAGCUUGAUUUCGGGAGAAGCUCUGUGGAUUUGAGUCAACUAAUUCAGGAAUCGGUGGAGAAGAGCUAUGAAGGUACCCGGGUUCGGCAAUGGGACACAAGUUUCAAUCUUUCAGGGAAGGCAAAAGGAGGAGAACUAGUUUUGAAACUGGGAUUCCAGAUUAUGGAGAAAGAUGGGGGGAUUGAAAUCUAUAGACAGGCUGAAGAAUCAAGGUCAGAUAAAUCUACUAAAUUCUCGUCUUCUUUUGGUCGCAAGCAGUCAAAGACAUCCUUUAGUGUACCUAGUCCAAGGAUGUCGAGCCGUAACGAAGCUUGGAGUCCUUCACAGAAAGGAGCAAAUACAGCAGAUCUUCAUGGAAUGGAUGACUUGAAUCUCGAUGAGCCAGAGACAGAGCCAGAGCCAGCGGCAGCAAAGUUGAAAGAACCAGAAAUAAAAAUGGAAGAUCUCGAUCUUCCUGACUUCGAAGUUGUGGAUAAGGGCAUUGAGGUUCAAGAAAAAGAGGAGGAUCCCGAAAAGUCGGUUGAAGAAAGAUCAGUGUCAAGCGAGGUUGUCAAAGAGGUUCUGCAUGAUCAGGUACAUCUCAUAAGAUUAACCGAGCUAGAUUCAAUUGCUCAACAAAUAAAAGCUCUAGAGUCUAUGAUGGGCGAAGAAAAAAUUGUCAAAACAGAGGAAGACUCUGCAUCACAAAGACUCGAUGCAGAUGAAGAAAACGUAACGAGGGAAUUUCUUCAGUUGCUUGAGGAAGAAGAAACAAGUAAAUAUAAAUUCAAUCAACCUGAUGAAAUUUCACCUCUCCAGAUUGAAGGAGCCGAGGAUUCUACAGAAUCCGAGUCCAAAGUGUACCUCCCAGAUCUUGGCAAGGGCUUAGGCUGCGUAGUACAAACAAGGGAUGGGGGCUACUUAGCUGCCAUGAAUCCUCUAGAUACUGAAGUUGAAAGGAAGGACACUCCAAAGCUAGCCAUGCAAAUAUCAAAACCAUUUGUUCUACAAUCACAUCAAUCCACAAGUGGGGUUGAAUUGUUUCAGAAGAUGGCAGCUAUGGGGCUUGAUGAACUUAGCUCUAUAAUCUUGUCUUUGAUGCCCAUGGAUGAACUGAUGGGUAAAACUGCAGAACAAAUAGCUUUUGAAGGCAUUGCUUCAGCAAUAAUCCAAGGGAGAAACAAAGAAGGCGCUAGCUCAAGUGCGGCUCGUACAAUUGCCGCAGUAAAACUCAUGGCAACCGCAAUGAGUACAGGCAGGAAAGAGAGAAUUUCAACAGGAAUUUGGAAUGUGACUGAAGAGCCAUUGACAGCAGAGGAGGUUCUGGCAUUCUCAAUGCAGAAGAUUGAGGCUAUGGCAGUUGAAGCUUUAAAAAUUCAGGCUGAAAUUGCUGAGGAAGAAGCCCCCUUCGAAGUUUCUCCACUCAACAUCAAGAUUGUUGGGGGUGGUGGAAAUGAUCAGAAUCACCCCUUGGCCUCUGCUGUUCCACUUGAGGAUUGGAUAAAAAACCAUAGCUUUAAGGCAGGUGAUCCAGCAGAUAUCACAAUAGCAGUGGUUGUCCAGCUGCGGGAUCCAAUUAGGCGCUUUGAGGCAGUUGGAGGACCUGUGAUAGGACUUGUUCAAGCAACAGCUGCUGACAUCGAAGUAGACAAGUACGAUGAGGAAAAGAGAUUCAAAGUAAGAAGCUCCUACGUUGGAGGUUUGAAGGUAAGGACGAGUGGGGAAAGAAACGCGUGGGAUUCCGAGAAGCAGAAGCUGACUGCAAUACAGUGGCUGGUUGCAUAUGGAUUGGGAAAGGCAGGGAAGAAAGGAAAGAUUGCGGUGGCAAAGGGGCAAGAUUUGCUUUGGAGCAUUUCCUCACGAGUAAUGGCCGACAUGUGGCUGAAGCCGAUGAGAAAUCCAGACGUGAAGUUUGGAAAGUAGGAGUCUUUCUUCUCCUUUUUCUUCUUCUUCUUCUUCACUCCACAUAUAUCAAGUACAUUCAUUUCAUUGCCAUUUCCAUAUUAUCAGCAUCGCUUUUCUUAUCAAGAUUGUAGAUUUAAUAAAGAUAUUUUGUAACAAUAGAAAAUACAGUUUGAUUGAA